GUACUGCACCAUCCUUUUAUUUACGUAUUCAAAGACUGCAUCUUCUAAUCGAUUGAUCCAUUUAGCAAAUCAAUAAUUUCAAUUCAUCAUUUGUUUCUCAUAUAUAUCUUAAAAAUUAAGUCGGAUUACGACUUUUCUCCGGAGUGAAUUGAAAUGUCUCUCUGUGUGUGUAUAUAUAUAUAUAUACCAACAUUUUUUUUCCUUAAUCUUACAAGUACAAAAACAAAAACCCUAGCCAAAAUUAACCGAUUGGUGUGAGAGCGAACAAUGCAUGGAAAAAGGCCUCUAUCAAGAGAAGAAUCAGAUCAAGGCAAGGGAUCAGAACAAGUGAAGCACAACGACGACUUGUGUUCAAUAUCGUGUUCGAGUACUUUGUCCGAAUCCGAUGUCUCCGCCUUGGUCUCUGAGCUCUCCCAAGCCAUCCAAACCAACGAUCAAUCCGUAUCUGUACCGUAUCCGUAUCCGUUCGUUAUUCCCGAACACGGUCGAGAAGAAGAUCAUAUUCAGAUCCAACGAAACUACCGAGGCGUGAGGCAAAGGCCUUGGGGGAAAUGGGCAGCCGAGAUCCGCGACCCGAACAAAGCGGCUCGGGUUUGGCUAGGAACGUUCGAUACAGCGGAAGAAGCCGCCUCAGCGUACGACAAAGCCGCUUUCAGAUUCAGAGGCAACAGGGCAAAGCUUAAUUUCCCCGAACGCAUCGAUCAUCAAACCACGGCCGGAGAAGAAAAUCCCUCCGACCAUUCUUCAUCUUCUUCGUUAGUUGUUACUAAUAUAGACAAUGUCGUCGGUCCAACAAUAAUGGCGUCUUCUUUCUCGGACGAGUACUACGAGAAGGACGUUAAUGGCCAUAAACGAAGAAAAUAGCAUUACUAUAUAUAACGU